CAAAAUCCAGAACGUAAUAAUUAAGUUAAUAUGGAAGAUAUUAUUGAAACAUUUAACUUUUCUCCUGGUCCAUCGUGUUUGCCGAAGGAGGUGCUUUUAAAGGCUCAAGAGGAUACACUUAAUUGGAAUGGAUCAGGGAUUAGCGUAAUGGAAAUGUCGCACAGAUCUAAGGAAUUCAUUGAAAUUAUGCAGAACGCGGAGAAUGACUUCAGAGAGCUCAUGGAGAUUCCUGAGGAAUUUGAGAUCUUGAUGCUCCCGGCUGGAGGAUCUAUGCAGUUCUCAGCAGUGCCAAUGAACCUCUUAACUAAGAAUAAGAAAGCAAAUUACUUGGUCUUUGGCUCUUGGGGGAAAAGCGCUAUCAAUCAUGCUAAGAGAUAUGCUGAUGAUAUCACCGAAGUUGUUGACCCAGAUAGCAUUGGUAACACUAUUCCAGAUUUUUCUACUUGGAAGAUUGACCCUGAAGCCAAAUAUUUCCAUUACUGCGAUAAUGAGACUAUCUAUGGUAUUGAAAUCAAUGAUUUUCCAUUUGAAGAACUCAAAGACCAACUCCUGGUUUGAGAUAUGAGCUCUAACAUCUGAUCAAGAAAGGUAGACUGGAGCAAAUAUGGACUUGUAUAUGCUGCAACCCAAAAGAACAUUGGACCCGCUGGUGUCUGCAUGGUCAUCAUCAGGAAAGAUUUGAUUGAAGAACCAAUGACAAUAACUCCGGAUGUCGCUAGCUACAAGAAAUAUGCUGAUGCCCCAUAUAGAUGCUUCAACACUCCUUGAACUUGGUCAAUUUAUGUAUGUGGACUCAAUCUCGCCAUCAUGAAAGAGAAGGGUAUCGAAGCGAUUGAAGAAGAGGCCCUCCUUAAAUCCGGUAUGAUCUAUAAGGUCAUCGAUGAAAGUGACGGAUUUUACAUCAAUAGUAUUGAUAAAAAAUACAGGUCAAGACUUAACGUGGUCUUCAACAUCAAAGAUGAUAAAGAGUUAGAGGCAAAAUUUGUUGAAGAUGCUGCCAAGAAUGGCCUAAUUAGUGUAAAAGGACACAAGAGUGUUGGUGGGCUCCGUGCAUCAAUUUACAACUCGAUGCCUGUGAGAGGUGUAGAAAAACUAGCUGAAUUCAUGAAAAAAUUCCAGGAGGAAAAUCAACAAGGGUAAAAUGUA